GUCAAAUGUCUUGUAGUGUUUUUAAAGAACACAAGCAGGAAACCCAAUGCCUCUUGUGUCAAUACGCCUCAAUACGCCUCUUAAUGUAACAAAGCAAAGGUCAGCAGUAUGUGGAACUCCUCUUGAAUCUUUGUAUUUGGCCUUGUCUGUCAUGACUCAUGCCUGUAGAGAACAGUCAGUUGAGUGAUAAGGCGCUAUAUGCCUGAGCAGGCGCCAUAAGUAAAAUAUUUGUUUUCCAACCGGACCAGUCAGUCUCCUGUUUACGUCCACCUCAUACUGUUGACUUAUUCACACACUAUCCUGACCUGAGACCUUUUUAUUAAAAAAAUUGGGUGGGGGGGUGAAUUGUCACCUCAUGAAAUUGACUGAUAUAUAUUUGUAUCUGUCUGUGUACUGUAGGCCUAUAGGAUACUGCUCUUUACUGAGGACUUUACUGAGUCUGAAGUACCUGUGUGUACACAGUUGCUGGAUCAGUUUAUAUGGUAAGUGACUCUGCCCUGGGUUUGGAGUGCUUCCACCUACUGGCCAGAGGCAGCACCUGCUGCCAGCCCAGUCUCGCCAGACCAGACAGAGCUGGCUGACAGCCCCAUUCAGUGAACACCGAUGAUGCUUCCUAUACAGCAGCAGCAUCUGCUCCCUCAGCAGUCAGUCCUCAAGGGCCCUGCAGGAUGAAAUCAUGUCAGCUCCUGCAUUAAUUCAAUCAGGCAUGAUGGAAAAUGAAUGGUGGAAGUUGAUAUCACAUGUGAAUGUUAUUCAUUCUUAAAAAAUAUUGAGGUGGUAGAAUAUUAAUCCCCCUCCAAACAUUACCUUUGCAAGUCAGAAGGUGGCGCUUCACGUUAUACUUCAGUCAUUUGACUCGAGCUGUGUCCGUGGUGCUGAAAUCACACUAUUCUGCAAAUACACCGCGGACGUUCAACAUGUAUUCUCCACGUGGUGAUGGUGUUUCGUUGUGGCCAUGUAAAUAAAUAGGCUGCGCCGUGUAAUUUCAUUUUCAAAUAGCCUAAAGUAGGCUACGGGUAUUUAUAUGCUGCUGAUUUAUCAUUAUCAAGCCUGAAGUCGUUCAAACCGAAGAAAUGGAAAAGGAGCGAAAAUCCUCCAAACAAUAUGGGUCUUUGGAACGAACAACAUGGGAUCGAAAACCCGAUGAGAAAGCAGAGGAAGACAUUGUCUCAAUGGCGGACUCCACCAUCACAAUAGAUCACAUCGAAGGGGAGCUUUUCAGAAUCGAGCGGAUACGUGAUGUUCUAGUACGGAGGGAAUCAGAACUAAGAUACAUGAUGGACGACAUUCAGCUUUGCAAGGAAAUCACACGGCUGAAAAAAGAACUUCAGAAGCUGGUGUCUGUUUCAGACACAGACAAAUCCAACGAGGACCGGCAGAGGGAGGAGGAGUUGCUGCAGCAGAUCCACAAGCUGGUGGAGACCAGGGACUUCCUGGUGGAUGACGUGGAGUUUGAGAGGCUCAGGGAGAGAGAGGAGGACAAAGAAAUGGCUGAUUUCUUGCAGUCUAAAUUUCCCAAGACCUUGAAGAAAAAAGACAUCACAGAGGACCGAAGGAUGACCUCCAAAGCCCAGCAGACUUCGUCCACUCCCUUCGUCACCAAAACCGGUCUCACCCUUCUGAAGGAGUGCUGCGGCUUCACAUGCUCUGUCAUGUAGACUCCCUGCCCUGUGGAGAGACGGAGACACGUUGUUGGUUUCUGGAUGGGGUUAUUUGUGUUGAGUGGGCAGACAGAGCUCUCAUACUUCGACUAUAACCCUAAACAUAUGUACAGUGACGGUUGGGACUGUGUUCCCAUCAAUUAAUCUAUUGCUGGGUCAUUGCACCAAUUUAGUGCAUUUUGAGAAGUGUAACUUGGUAUAAAAAAAAAACUUUAGAAUUCAUUUUUUUUUGCAUUCUGUCAUAAAGAGCACAUGUACAACUUCAUAUUGAAACGAGAGUUCAGUUCACA